CGUUCGGAAGGGAUCCGGGGCGUCAGCAUCCACCCGGAGCUCCUCAAGCCCCUCUGUGUGGGGGUGGACCCCGAGGAGUGCCAAGUGAGGACCCACGAGAAAGAGCAGAUCAAGAACCUCAACAACCAGUUCGCCUGCUUCAUUGACAAGGUCCGGCUGCUGGAGCAGCAGAACAAGGUGCUGACCACCAAGUGGGAGCUGCUGCAGCAGUAUGUCCUCCCAGCUUCCAGGAGAAACCUAGAGCCUGUGUUUGAGAACUUCAUCUGCAACCUGAGGAAGCAGCUGGAGUGUGUGCUGGGGGAGAGAGAGAGGCUGGAAAACGAGGAGCGGUGCCUCAGGGACCUGGUUCAAGAGUUCAAGUGCAAAUAUGAAGAUGAGAUCAACAAGCGCACAGCUGCGGAGAACGAGUUUGUGGUCCUCAAGAAGGAUGUGGAUUGUCUCUACCUGACCAAGGAGGAGCUGGAGGUGAGGGUGGGCCUCCUGCGGCAGCAGCUGGAGUUCCUCAAGUGCAUCUAUGCCGAGGAGAGAGCUCAGCUGGAUUGCCAGCUGUGUGACACCUCUGUCAUCGUGCAAAUGGACAACAGCCGGGACCUGGACAUGGAGGGCAUCAUCAAAAGUGUUGAGUGCUGCUAUGAGGAGAUCGCCCAGAAGAGUAAGGCUGAAGUGGAGGCUUUCUACCAAACCAGACUGGAGGAGCUCCACAGCAGCAGGGGCAAGUUCUGCGACGACCUGAGAAACAACCAGAGUGAGAUAGCUGAGCUGAACCGGAUGAUCCAGAAGCUGCAGUGUGAGUCAGAUAACGUGAAGAAACAGAUCGCGGCUCUGCAGACGGCCAUCUGCGACGCGGAGCAGCGUGGUGACUGCGCCCUCAAAGACGCCCGGCAGAAGCUGAUCGACCUGCAGACUGCACUGCAACAAGCCAAGGACAAGAUGGCAUGCUUGCUGAGGGACUACCAGGAGCUGCUCAACGUCAAGCUGGCCCUGGACAUUGAGAUUGCCACUUACAGGACACUGCUGGAAGGAGAAGAGAGCAGGUAA